AUGUUUGAUGGUGGAGCUGACCCUCUGGUUGCUGAGACCUGGAUUCGGGAGGUAGAGAAGAUGUUCAAAGCCUUGCAAUAUCCCGAAGAAGUGAAGGUCAGAUUGGCUAUCCCUAUGCUGAAGGGGAAUGCAGAGUUCUGGUGGACAGCCAUCGAAGCUGCACUCGAGGGUGAGGAUGAGCUACCGACAUGGGAGGAAUUCAAGAAGAUAUUUUAUGACCAGUAUUUUCCUGAGUCAAUCAGAAUAUCUAAAGAAAAUGAAUUUUUAUCUCUGAGGCAAACAAAUGAUAUGACUGUGCUAGAAUGUGCUAACAAAUUUACUGAGCUGGGUCGAUUCUGUCCUCAGAUGAUAGAGGUUGAGAGAAGCAAGGCUAACAGAUUUGAGCAGGGCUUGAGGGACAAAAUUCGAUCCCGGUUGUCAGUUCUGAUUUUUACCAGCUACGGAGAGGCCCUGGAGAGAGCACUGAAGGUAGAAGCGGAUCUAAAGAGGUCAGAGAAGGAAAGAGAUGAUCCAAAGAGAUCCAGAAUGAUUGAAAAUCAUAAUGUCAGGCCAGGGGACACUGAGGGUAAUGCAAAUAAGAAGAAGAGAUUUGAGGCCUGUACCUACCUGCAGCAAGCCUCAUGGGGGGCCUUGUCUUAA